GUCAAGAGUAGUUUAUGCAGGAGAGCGCAGGCCGAGAACUGGUGUGACGUCCUUGGUGGAUCUAGAUGUUCAUAGGGCUGCAUGUUGAUCGUUGGCGUUGAGUGGGCAACUAUCGAUACUUUGGGAGCUGGCAAGACCCCGGCUCAAAUUAUCGCGACCAUUGCGCGACCUUGAUUCCCAGCACGCACCCGGACCUCACUAUACUACGCGCACGAACGAAGCUACUUCUCCAACCUCGAACCCCGUAUCACAAGUUGCCAAGGCGCAUCCACAUGUCAAAGCCCCAGUUCGACCGCGCAGACGCCAGCGCGCUCCUCGACGACAGAGGCUAUCGCGGAGCGCUCAUCAGAGGGCAGAACCCCGCGCUACUCUUCGAAAAGGGUGUGCGUGAGCGCAUCACCGAGUCAUACUACUGGAAGGAGCAAUGUUUCGGUCUGAACGCUGCGACGUUAUGCGAUCGCGCCGCAGACCUCAAGUUCAUCGGCGGCACAACAGGCAUUACCGGCAAGCCUACGCCAUUCUUGUGUCUGGCCUUCAAGAUGCUGCAACUAGUGCCGGACAAGGAGAUUAUACUAGAAUACCUGAACUUUCGCGAUGAUGAGGAGGACGAGGGCCAAGACGCCGAGGUCAAGAAGGAGGAGAACGGCCACACAUCAGAAGACGAAGACGCAACCAAGAAGGCGCUGGACCUGAAUGCAGCAGGCAAACUCGGCGACUUCAAGUACCUGCGCUGCCUCGCCGCCUUCUACAUCCGUCUCGCUUGGGAGCCCGUCGAAAUCUACCAGACCCUCGAACCCCUUCUCACCGAUUACCGCAAGAUAAAGCGACGUCUCAAAGACGCCUUUACACUCACACAUGUUGAUCAGUUUAUCGACGAUCUCCUUACAAAAGACCGGAUAUGCGCGACGAGUCUGUGGAAGUUGCCGUCACGGGCGAACCUGGAGGAUUUGGACAUGCUGGAGCCAAGGGAGAGUCCGUUGGGCGAUGAGAUCGAUGAGCUGGAUGAAGACUUAGACAGAAGAAGUGAUGGAAGCGCAAGGAGUUAUAGGAGCAGGAGUUAUCAAAGCAGGAGUAGGAGCAGGAGCAGAAGUUACGAUAGUCGAAGUCGCAGCAGAAGUCGCAGUUAUGAUAGCCGGGAUCGGGGAAGGAGUCGCAGUCCGGGACAACUGAGUCGGUCAAGAAGCAGGACUCGCAGUAGGAGUAGAAGUAGCAGGCGGGACUAGGGUGUACACUAGCAAAUUAUGCAUUGCAUCUUGAGAGUAGAAACCUGCGGACCAGUGCGUAAAAACACAUAUGACUACUAUACACAGCAAACAGAAGUAUCACGAGC